UAGGCUGGGUGAUAUCUGAAACCACGUGAGCCGGGGUGGUUUGUUGUGCUCGGCCUCUUUGCUCCGCAGCGAUUUGUUUUGGAAGUAAACAACCUCGCACAGAUUUAAAUGCCAUGAUGCUGCUUAGAUAUACAGAGAGAGAUUUUAGGUCAGGGAUUUUUUUAUGCUGUUGGGUUUGUUUCUUUACAAAGCACCGCUGCUCUUUGAAGUAUCCCGAUUCUUGAAUAUUUGAACUGCAGGUUAGAAUUUAACGACUUAAAUAUGCUAAAAAUCCCUUCAGUCAGGAAAUAAACAUUUCAGUAGCUCGUCUGGUUGUUGAUUGUAAAGUAUGAAGUGCGCUGAAAGGAGGGGAUUUAACCUUAUCUGGUGAAUUAUUAAAUGAACUGAGAGCCUUUCUUUGAGGGCUGGCAUUAAUGAGAGGAAGCACGGCUGUAAAGGUGCUGCAGGAGCACGGAGGUGAUGUGUGUGCUUGGCCGCAAGGCAAGGAUAGAGAAGCAGAGAGCUGAAAAAGCCAUGGGAAUCUGUGGAUGAAGUAGGGAAGUGUGAUUUGCUCUUCACUUCUGCACAUCCUGAGCCAGUGUUGGACAGCUCACUGUGAUUCAGCGCUCUGGGAGAACACGAAAUGAGGAUGGGGCAGAUGGCAAGUGUGUUUUCUCUGAGCGUUCAGAUCAACAUAGUGAUGUUUGUCAUCAGGAAGGUCUUGGCUGCGAAUGGUGAUGAUAAUGGGUUGGUGUUUUACUAGCUUCCAGGCUGUGCUAUUUGUUUGCAUAAGCUUCUUACUGACAGACAUUCAUAAACGAGCCUGGGUACAGCCCUGGCGUGGCAGGGGUAAAGUAGUAACCUCGGCCUGAGUUUGUGAACCAGACAAAACAGAUCAAAGCCCAGAGCAUAAUUCAAAUGAAGAUGAGUGUAAUCUUCUGGUUUAUCUCCAUAACAGGUAAAGCAAGAGGCUCUUCUAAAAUUUGUGCUUCUUUUCAUCUCAGAGGAACUAAAAUGCCAGCUUUGUGGUGGAUGUGCCCCAGCUGAAAGGCGUGCACCUCUGUGUGAGGGAUAGGGAAGAACGUGAUCUGUGAGAAAGCUGCUACCUCUGUGGAUGCCUUCAGGAUGGUCACAGCUGCCAGGUAUUACCCCAAGCUGAUGAGCAUCGUCGGCAACGUUCUCCGGUUCCUGCCCGCCUUUGUGAAGAUGAAGCAGCUGAUCGAAGAACACUACGUGGGCAACGUGAUGAUCUGCGACGUGCGGGUCUACGGGGGGAGCCUGCUCAGCCACAAGUACAGCUGGAUCUGCGACGAGCUGAUGGGGGGAGGCGGCUUGCACACCAUGGGCACCUACAUCAUCGACCUCCUCACCCACCUCAUCAGCAGGAGAGCGGAGAAGGUCCACGGCCUGCUCAAGACUUUUGUGAAGCAGAACACGGCCAUAAGCGGGAUCCGCCACGUCACCAGCGACGACUUCUGCUUCUUCCAGAUGCUCAUGAGCGAGGGCGUGUGUUGCACUGUGACUCUCAACUUCAACAUGCCUGGAUCGUUCACUCACGAGGUCAUGGUUGUGGGGUCCAGCGGCCGCCUCGUAGCGCGUGGCACGGACUUGUAUGGGCAGAAGAACACCGCCCUCCAAGAAGAACUGCUCUUCACGGACUCUCUGACUGUCAACAAAGGCCUUUUGGACAAGGGCUUUAAAGACAUCCCGCUGCUCUACCUGAAAGGAAUGGUGUACAUGGUGCAAGCGCUGCGGCAGUCUUUCCAAGAGCAGGAGGAUCGCCGGACGUGGGAUCACAAACCCGUCUCUAUGGCAGCCUCUUUUGAAGACGGUUUGUACAUGCAAAGUGUAGUGGAGGCCAUUAAGAAAUCCAGCAGGUCGGGGGAGUGGGAGGCUGUGGAGGUCAUGACCGAGGAGCCAGAUGCCAACCAAAACCUGUGCGAGGCGCUGCAGAGAAAUAACUUAUGAGUGCUCCUGCUUUGGGAAGAUAGGACAAGGAAAGCUUCCAGCUGCAGCUGUAAAAAAUCCUCUCAAGUUUUUAAGAUAUGUAGAUUCCUAUUUAAUAAUUGGAGUUUCUUGUUUUUUGUUUUUUUUUUUUUAAGCGUGUAAAAUAACGUCACGUUCUGACGGAAGCAGUUCCGAUUUAAGACGUUCCAUUUUUGCAAAUGUUUAAUUCUCGUCUCGGAGGCUGUUAGGAAAACUUGAAUUGCCCUUUGCACUUGCAGCAGUGAAGGGAAGCAUGGGAUCUCUGCCACUGCAUGGCUUGGAGAGGGGACGCAGCCCCUCUUGUUUUAACAGUUCUAAACUGAGAGCGAGUAGAGCGAGAUCAGGGAGCACCUGUUGUUCAGAUGCCUUCACCUUCUCUCUUGGAGUCUGACUUAGUUCUGCUCCUCAGCGAUAUUUUAUGGAAGAGUUUAGGGACGUAACACGUCUCUAAACUCCCAGAGGACAAAGACCAGUAGGAACAGAAUAAGGUUUGUAAAAUAAGGAUGGGCCUUUGGCUUUCUGCGUACAGCAAACGUCCUUCCAAUUAAUGUAAAGCAGUAUGCCAUCGAAAGGCUGCUGCGAGUUCCCAAUUGACGGCGUCGCGGCGGUUACGAGGAAAACCUUCAGGAAGCCUGUGAGGCUUUGUGCUUUUCUCCCACCUCUGCAGCCAUUCUUCCUUCUACAUGAGGCUGACUGCAUCCAGCAGCCUGUUUCGCAUAAGCUCCGUGUCUCCCGUUGGUGUUUACUGCCUGGCAGCACCAGAGCCGUGACUGCGGGGCCACCUCCUCGGUGCUGUGACUUCCCAGCGCUGCCCAGCUCACAGACGAGGCGCAGGAUGUCGCUGCCAAUGAAGCUGUAAAACCUUAACCUUCCACUUACCUGCUGGUGGAAGUAAGGAGGUCUUGCCUACCUCUUGCAGCUCCCCUUCGUGCUGCCUGGGAAGCUGUCCCACUACACGUGCUGAUAGCUGAAGAGUCUGCCCUGAACCUCAAACACUGGAUAUUAACCCUCGGGUCCUGCCCGCCCUCCUGCAGCUCGUGUCUGCUGGCAGGUCGUGGGUGGACAUCUGUUCAGUUGGAGAGGAGUUUCUCUCUGAGGCAGGUAUGUGAAAGGGGUAGUACAGUUUUACUACAUUUACUUUGCGUACUUGAAAGCUUUUUUUUUUUUUUUUAACGUAUUCCCCCACUAAAUGGUAACCCUGUGUAUUUAUGUACGUUAACAUGCAAACCGCUGUGUCAUAAGCUGGUCCUUCCUGAAAAGUACCUGACUUGUUUUCUACAGAAAUAAAUUUAAAAAAAAUA